AUGUCCGGCGAGGAAGAAUUUGACGAAUUUAUGGAGGAUGAGUUCCUCUGGAUAGAUGCCGGAGACCCUCAUUUUACUGAUGAAAUGGCCAUGCUGAUCAAUCCAGACCCGGUAUUCCUCGACGACGAAGCUCUCUAUGACGCGCUGGACAGCGAUACAGACUGGGAAUACCUUUCAGACGAGUACUAUGACAAUGAUCUCCCUCUCAAACUACGUCGUCGACAGGAGAAAGCAGCUGCAAUAAAAGGGAAGCGUGAGAGCCAGAAACCAGCUGCGCUUGAUAACACUAGGUACUAUGGUGUGUCAUGGUCGGCUGGCCCGCGAGUAGAGAACAAUGGACCGCUUUAUCAGCCUGGAGAGGGGGUGAAGGUAUCUCUUCUUAAGAAUUGGCGCGAGAUCUUUCAUGAGUCGAAGCCAAAGACGAAGCAGGUAAACGAAAAGAUAAAGCACGAUGGUCAUAUUAGGGCGACGUUUCAUGACCGACUAUCCACAAGGCCGCGCCGAGACAAAAGGGGAAAUGUGCCAGUAAAUGGCGCGGUCGAGAUAGGCGUUGACACGGAGGCAGAGGGUGAUGUACCGGAGAUGGACGUGGAAAGCAACGGCUUGGUUCUUGAUAGUACCCCUCCUGUGACUAUACCACUUCCACCGUCGCGAUUUGGCAGCCUUGAUGGUGAUAAUGAAGUAAAAAAGCCAGCGAAGAGAGGCCGUGGUCGCCCGCGUAUUCGAGGCGGUGGCUCGCGGCUGAAAGAAGUCACUCCUGCCCCUGAAGAGCAAAAGCGUGUUCCAGGACUCGAAAUCGUACCACCAUCACUGCCUAUAAAUGUGGAAGAAUAUAAGGUGAUAUCCGCUCCGAAUGCGCCAACACGAGGACGGAAGAGAUCAGCCGUAGAACAGGCUACCCCUGCCCCUGUUAAUGGUGGCCCUGGCCCAAGCUCUAGCCCUGUAAGGAAUCCAAAGCGUAGGAAGCAUGCCGUUACGAAUGGUGUGAGUACCGCGGCAUCUUCCCGGCCUACGCGAUCUUCAACAAGGCGGAAGUAG